AUGCCCCGCAAACGCAAAGCAUCACUCUCAACCUCCGAGCCCUCAACAUCACAGCCCAAAGUACCAACCAAACAGUCCUCGGUCACAACCACAUGUUCAACCUCAAACCCCUUUAAACCCUAUCCCGCCUCAAAAAUUUACCGUCUAAUCGAACCAGGCCCAAUCCUACUCGUCUCAACCGGUUCCCUCCCCCAAAGAACCCACAACCUCAUGACCCUAGGCUUCCACAUGAUGCUCCAACACGAGACACCAGCCUUAAUAAACAUCUGCCUCGGACCCUGGGACGCAAGCUUCGCCCUUCUCUCCAACACAGGGUCCUGCGUCCUCGCAAUUCCCGAUGUCUCAAUCGCAGAGUCGGUCGUUGAUAUCGGGAACUGUUCUGGCGACGAGGUGGACAAGUGGACGAAAUUUGGGCUUGAGGCUAUUCCUGCUGCGAAAGUUGAGGCGCCGCUUGUGGGGGGUGAAGGUGUUAUUGCUAAUAUUGAGUGUGUGGUGCAUGAUCGGGGGAUGGUUGAUAAGUAUAAUCUUUGGGUCUUGAGGGCCGUCAAGGCUUGGGUGCGUAAGGGGUUUGGGGAUGAGGAUAGGGGUGGGGGGAGAAUGUUUCAUCAUCGGGGUGAUGGGAGCUUUGUUGUUGAUGGGGACGUUUUGGAUUUGAAAAGUAGGAUGGUUAAGUGGAAGGAGUUUCAGGAUUAA